GACAGUGUGUGUGUGUGUGUGUGUGUGUGUGCGUGAACGUGAAUCCAUGUACGAGUGUGCGCUGCUCGGGCUGGAUGUCGGACUGUUCCCCGGUGAAAAAGCACCGAACCCCGGUCGUGUGAGCAUGCCUCAGCUCGGCGUGUGAUCGGCUGGAAGUCGCGGAGCGGCCGCAGGGAGCCAGUCUCGUCUCCGGGCAGCUUUGCAGCCAGAGCACCGGCAGGAUGUUGCAAGUUUUAGCUUGUGGCGCCGUAGUUUUCCCCGGGCUGUUCUUCGCCUUCAGGAGGCUCCUGCCCUGCGUGUUCAGACACUGGAGCGAUGCCGACGUGGUGCUGGUCAGCGAGAGAGUGGUGUCCUCCAUCCAUGCCAUCAUGGCAACAACAGCAGGAGUCAUCAUUGUGACAUCAUGCAGGGACAACGUCAUUAACGACAGGCACUGGCUGGCCACAUACUUUGUCAUCUGGUACGGUGUGCCCUACAUGACAUAUGACAUCUUCGCCAUGUACCUCAGUCACUACCACCGUUUCCGUGUCAAAGGUCACGAGGACUACAAGCAGCACUCGCUGAAGACAGUGAACUCCUUCGUCCGCAGAGAGUUCCUGCUGGUGCUGCAUCACAUUGCGCUGCUCACCAUCCUGCUGCCGGUCACACUGUUCUUCAGGAAGGACCAGGGGGAUUUCUUCAUUGGCUGCUUGUUUCUAACAGAGCUCAGCACUCCCUUUGUCUCCCUGGGGAAGAUACUCAUUCAGCUUGCCCUCCAGAACUGCUGGCUGCACAAGGCCAAUGGCGGUAUGGUACUGCUCACCUUCUUUAUGUGCCGCAUCGCUCUCUUCCCCUACAUGUACUGGAUGUACGGCCGCCACUUUGGAAUCCCGCUCUACAGCGUGCCCUUCCACCUGCCACUGUCGGCCAACCUGGGCAGCUUGUGCAUCCUGGCACCACAGGUCUACUGGUUCGUGCUGCUUUGCCGGAAAGGCUACCGCCUGUACAAGCGUAGCCGAUGGCCCGAUCCGUCUCCUGCAGUCACAGUCACUGACAAUUCUAAGGAUGAUUGAUAUCCGGUUCACGAUUGCUCGCUCAAGCUGCACACUCAGCUACUAACGCAACUACUUCUACAGAGGCACUAGUUUGACUUAACAUUUUUCGAACCCCACCAUUGUACUGUAGUACACCAGGACUGCCUGCUGUUGUCCCACAAUUCCUGGGCAUUUUCCGCACACUUUUAAUUCCUCUGUUACAAAUCUGCUGCCUACAUGGACCUCUCCACCGAACUCUAACUACUGAAGUUUGCUGACUGGGGUGUUUUUUUUUUUUUUUUGGUUUUGGCUCUAGCCUGGAUCUUGUUGAAGUGCAACCCUGCGUCUGUCUACAUCCUCAACACGGAAGAAUGGUCAUGUUUGCUUCACUGAGAGUAAAAUGUGGAGUCAAAAGCACCAAAAACUGAAGAGGAGCUUCCACGGACAGACAUCUUAUCUCUUACUCCUACUGUGUUUACAGCCUCUGCUGAUUUGAAAGGUCUGUUACAGUUUGUGUGUGUGUGUGUGCGUGUGAGCGGCUGUUGCAACAGGUUGUAUUUAUUUUUAUGUUUUUUCUGUACUGUGUCCGAUAGUUUCCCAUCUCAUCCAUUGACUAAUCAAAGAAGAAGGAUUAGGAUAUCGGUGGGUGCGAACUCAGGCAGUAUUAGCAGGAAAUAGUAUGAAGAGAACAAGUCACCUCAUCCACACUAGAGAAAUAACAGCUACAGUUGUUAAUACCCAUUAAUGUGAUGUAAUGUUAAGGUUUCAGCCCUGUUUAUUGUGUUUGUAGUUUCCCACACAGCAUGCCAUCACAGCAACCACCCCACAUUCCUCACUGGAACAUCCAGCACAGAUUAAUAGUCCUGAUUCUUUUGUUUUCAGUAUCCAUCCCCUUCAAUAGAGCUGCUGUGGCUCAGUAUGCAUACUGUAUCCCCGUGAAUUUACGCUGCACAUGUACUCUCAACAUUUUUAAAGGGUUAGGAGGAAAUAUCGUCCUGUGUCGGUGCUUGAGAAUGGCGGCACCAAUGAGAGGUUUUAGCCGAGGGGAACCAUUCUUCAUUUGAAUCAUUAAGAGGUGCUUGGCACAAAAUACGCCCAUGUUGGAUUCUGGAAAGACCUCAAAAUAAUCACCUUUAGAAAAAUAUAAACCAGGCACCGCAUAAUACGUCAACAGGAUCAGAUUUGGACGAACCUGCACCUGGAUGAAGUUCAGAUUAUGAGUAUCUGCUUGAACGUGUGAGGAUUUUUCCCCGGUCCUGCAGAGCAGAGGGUCAGUUUGGCUUCAUGCUUCUGAGAGUUUAUGUUUUGGAUCCACAGUCUUUGUUUGAAACGUCGCAGCUGUCAUAGAAAUGCUGACAGUCUACCUGUUGAAGAUUAGUUUUCUCCUACAGGCGUUGGAGACAUGGUAGAGCCGUGGGACAAACUCAGGGUCAAGGUCAGAGCAAUAAGGUGAGCAGGGGCUCACCAGGGCAAAAUAAUAGAGGUUUGACAUUUCUGAGCAAUUAUCCACAUAUAUAACACAUAUAAAUUGAGGAUAUCGGGAGUAAUUAUUCCUGUAACACACUUGGAAGAUGAAGUUCAGUAAGUGUUGAGUUUCCCCAGGACUCCAGAAAUUUGUAUGCACUUCACACAGGGCUGUACAUACUUAAUGUUUUUAGACAUUUACAUCAUGUUUUAAUCAUAUAAAGCUAGUUUUAAACCUUAAUCUUAUAUCUAUAUCAUGCAAAGCAAUUACCUUUGGAUUCACAGUUGCAUAAUGACAUUUAUCUUAGACUUAAAGGCAUUUCAUUUUGAAUAUUUCUUCAUAUCAAAUAAUAAAUAGAAGAUAUAAUUUCUGCAGGGUUUGUUUCGUACACAGUCUUAGACCCUGAGUUAUUUAAAAUCCUUGGAUAAUAUUCUUGGUCAUUCAAGCUUUAUACUGAACUAACUGAUUAAGAAUGUGUUAAUGGCCUUUUUUUAUCUAUGCAAAAAGAGGCUGCAGUGCAUCUAUACAACACUAACGUCAAGCCAUAUCUAAUCGACCCACGCCUCAGUAUGUCAUGACCGUUUAAAUAUUUGGGGAACUACAUUUACUUUCCACUUGUACAUUUCUACCGGGACUCCAAACCACAAAUGCUUGAAGAAUUAUGUUUGACGUUUUUUUUUUUGUUUUUUUCUCCUCAUAUCUUUCAAAUUUACCUAUGAAAUGCUGAAAUCUGUAACAUGCAUAUUUACAGUUUUGGACUCGUACAACACUAUAACAAAUUAAGCUCUGUUGACAAAUCUGAAGGAGUUUUGCUGUUUGGAUACUGACUUGAUUGAUCUGUCACUAAGAAGCUUAAUGCUUAACAACACUAAAACCUACGUUGCAAAUGAGUUAACAGACUUUGGCAGUUGGAGAAGUUAUCUCAGUAGCAUCUUCUAAAAGGAGGUUUUCUGUUUUAUGAAUUCUUUUUAAAUCUUUGGUUUCUUGAAUAUUUGGGGAACAUCUUUUUUUUAGUUUCUUCCAUUUUCCAAUUCAAUAACCCAGUUGUGUUGCUGAGCAGCAGCUGCAUCAAAUGACAGUUGUGAAAUUUCUGUUCAUUUCUACUCAAAACAUUUCUAUUUUCCCCCAUGUUUGAAUUAUAACUUGAAUUUCUAACAGCAAGUUACAGCCCCUUAACUUGAAGGCUCUUUUGAGUCGCUAAUUCAUUUUUCCUCUGAAAUAAGCAAAACCAUAGACUGGACCAUAAGACUGUAAAUAAACAUGGAUGAUGUGUCUCCACCGUUUCCCCAUUAUCCAGAAAUGCAGCCAAAAUAUCCCAGAUUCAUCUUUUAAUGUCACGAGGAGCCAGAAUCUGCACAGUCGUGAUAGCAGAGCGGAGCCGUGGUAUCAGGAUCCUGUCAAUAUGCACGCUCAACCAAUCAUGCUAAUCAUGAGGUUUUAUAUCAUCAAAUAACAAGAUGAAACUUAUCUGAAAAGUUAAAACUUGAAUAAACAUCAGUUUGAUAAAAUGACAGAAACUAUCUUUGGGACAUUGUGGCUUCUGUCGUGUUUCUGUGCCCUUGUUCUGCAAUCUUGUUGUUGCGGUAAACACUUGUCUGUUGGAAGCAGCUUUAGACAGAGAAGGUGAUGAGUCGUCUUGAUUGUGGACAGACGGCUUGUUUGCUGACUAACAGUAUGAGGAUGAGGGAGUAAUGGGAGAUGAGCUGCUGAAUGAUGGGCUUGUUUGUCCGGUUUGGCUGGAGCCCAGCAGAGUGCAGGCCUCUUUUUGUCCACGGUUCACUGGGCCUCUGUUACUGGAAACAUCCCAGGCUCUUUGUUCUGCUCUCAGCUCAACGCUCCCAGCCUGUGUUUUAUUCUUAUUUUACUGUCCUGUUUUUGCUCUGCUCGGCCUCUUCCAUCCACACUCUGGAUGUGUAGUGAAAAGGCUUAACAGCCACCAACAAAAAAAUAUGGUAAAUUUUACUCUUACACUUUAUGAUGUAUUUAAGAGCUUGUUUAAAGUCUCCGCUUUCACUGUAGUUCACUGGUUGUAACGUAAGUCAACCGUUUUCAUUUAUUAUUUUAUUUAAAAGCUGCAGCUCAUUCUUUUUCCACCUAUCAUCUUUCUUCCAGCCUCCAUCCUCUUUCCUUCCUUCCUUCCUUCCUUCCUUCCAUCCAUCCAUAUCUGCUCCACCCCCCCUCAUGUUAACUCAUCCCGGUCUGUUGUCUGAUUUCUGCUGCAGUCACAGGAAGUUGCUGAGAGUGUAUGCGGAGCGGUGAGGCCGCUCCUCCUCUCUGCUGCCAUCUGUUGUCAGGAUUAUCUGUUGUCCACUCAGCAGCUCUCAGGCAACGACCAUCAGGAUUAGUUUUAGGAGUAGUUGGGCCUUUUCUGUUGAAACUGUGCGUGUCUCUCAUCCCAUCCACUUCCUUUAGAUACAUAUAUCUCAAUUUUCAGCCAGGAUGACCUCAAUCUCCACUGACUACACUGUAAAAACCGACAGGCAGCGUUGUUUUCGUGUUUUUCGGAAGAUUUUGAAAAUUUGAUAUUGGCAAUAUUAAAUCAUGCAUUGCUUUGCAUUUGAAAGAACUUCUUGACUAAAGCCUUCUUGACGUGUAGUGGCCUGUUUUGACUGUAUGAGCUUUGCAGAAAACUGAACCACAUUUGAAGCUUUUCAAAGCAUUUUCAGUUUAAUCUAAAGUUCGCUCUCAUUCUGACGGGUCCAAUUUAGAAUAAUGGCAACCGACAAAAUUGACUCACGGUUAUACAAAUGAAAUUCCGUGAGCUGGACCAUUUUGAUUUUAACAGCAGCGUCUUGUCUCUUGGCUUAAAAAUCGUGGAAUAACUACAGAAAAAAUAACAUUCCACUGUUUUUCAUCAACGCUUUAUUAUAUUUGAUCAUUAUUUUGUUUUAGAAUUUUGCUCUUGGUUUUUUUUUUGCAUACUUUAGGGGCACAUGUCCAGACUUCAAAUGGAAUUGCUAUAUUGCCGCUUGAUUUUAAAAUAAACAGAUUUUAUGGAUUGGCCAAUGUAUGUUUUUUUAUUUUGUUUUAGAAAACCUUGAAAAUCUAAUGAAUGAAUCGGACUUUACGUCGUUAAAAAGUUUUGCUCCAGAGACGUGACGGCAGGAUGACGAACCUCGUCUUCAGUUGCUCUGCGCCACAGAGAAUCCCUCAGAACACAGUAUGAAAGCUUCUUGGUUCAACACAGAGGACAUAUCUUAACAGGUCGUCUUUGUCACUCAAAAGAUUCUUAACAUACAAAGUCUUAAGUUCACCUCUCUGCUCAGGGUUUGAUGAAGUCUGAUGAGGUGUGUGUGUGCGUGUAUAGAGGUGUAUUGUAAGAAGCUGUGAGACUGACUCUGAAGAUGCAGAUUCUUUUUCUAUACGUGUGUUUUCAACAUAUUUUUUUUUUCCUAGAUUUGCUUCUAUUUAUGAUUUCUGACACGGCUUCUGAUACUUCAACUCCCAGGGGGUUGUAAAACCAAAGACUGUCAGGCACUUUAGUCAAUCAUUGUAGCUGUGGUGACAUGAAGAGAGAUCGGUUUUGAUUUCUGCUGUAGAUGAUUUCUCUUAAACACAACUUGGUGGGGGACCAACUUGGUGGUCUGAGGAGGUGGUGGAGUAAAUACACACUAAUCAGGUGUUAAAUUGAUCCUCCACUAACAUGCAACCUUUACUUAGAGUACAGUUACAUGUCCAGGUCUCUGAAACUACAUAAUGAUUAUAAUUAUACAUUUAACGGACACAUUUAAUGCACAAUAUGUCAUUUUCUGCCACUCGUAGUCUCUCCAUCUGAACAUUAACGAAAGAGGUAGUUCGGUCCUUCAGGAAUUAUCCGCAGACGUCUCCUCUACAAAAUAAACAGACUAUGUUUAAAAUGAGUAAAAACACUGAAUUAAGCAGUUUUCGUGUUAAAAGUGAUUUUUUUUUUUUAUGUGUUUUCUUUGACGCUCGUUGGCGGACACCGGACGUCUGCAGGUGGUGCUGUAAAUUGCACGAUUGUCAACAACCAGUCAAACAGCGAUGGCUAAUUCUGCUGCUGGUUUAAAGCAGAGAUGUUCUGAUAAUUGUUUUUCCCUUCCAGCAUGAAAUAUUCCCACAUUGCUGACAUUUUAGCUAGCGCUGGCUAACGCUACACGACCGGAAAUCACUUCUCUAAAACAGCGAAGAAGGGAUUUCCAGAUUACUGUUUCAUCUGGGUGAAAAUAAUCUGCUUUGAAGAUGCGGUUUCAGAUUGGUCCAUAUGAAUUUGCGUCCUCUCCGACCACAUACUUGACAAAGGCUCAAAGAUAACACCUAACAAUAUCAAAACCAAAAUGCAGAACAGUACGAUGCUCAUGAAUCUUCCUUUCACGUUUGGAGUUACUGUUGGGACGUGAAUGGUGACGAUAACAGCGUGCGGCGUCUCCUCUGCCACCAAGACACUUGUUUUAUUAUUUUGCUGCUUUGCAUCGUCACAUAUCUGCACACGGUCCUUUUCUCGUUAUAAACACGGAACGCUUAAAGGAAAUAAAUUAAAGCUACGUUCAUGUCAUGUUGGAUUAAUCGCUGGGGUCAGACUAUAUUAUAAUAUUAGCAUGAAAAUGGCGUUGGGAACAAAAGUGAGACAAAUUCUGCUUUUAAACUUGUAGCAUCAAUAUUGUGUUGUUUGUUUUUUUUUCUUCUGAAAUGAUGUGAAUGCAGCAUUAGACUGAUGAAAUGCACAAAAAUGAAUAGAAACUGUUGCUGGGGCUGAUUUUGAUCUUUGGACCGUGAACCAGACUUGGUCUCCUGUGCCUUGUGAUAAAUCUACUUACCCACAAAUCUCAGUGUGAAAGCGUAAAGCUGGCAGGCAGUGUUUACAGGUUGUGGCUGUAUUUAAUGGUUUAUCAUCAUCAUCACCAUUGCUCCAGCAAUUAAAUCAAGUUAAAGACGGUGAUUGAAACUAUUUUAAACCUGAUCGCUUUGCAUUUACUGCUAGAACGAGAAUAAAAUUAAAGCCUUUACAAUAAUAUUUAGUAGGAUUUCACAUUUUGUAGCAUUUAAUUUAUAUUUUCAAAUCAUCACGCAAAUCCCAUGAUGUUGUUUUUCUACAUGGAAUCAUUUGAGGAUGAAACCCUUUAAAGCAAAGACUUGUUCUAGUCUCGACUAUGUUUGUGUCUCCGUUGUUUUUAGAGCUUUUCAUCAGUUUGGUGGAUGUGGAAGUUUUGGAGAUUUGAAUCUGCUCUUCAUGUUAUUCACCUUGUUUUUUUUUGCUCUGGGUGUGUGAAUGACUCGAAGGCAGCACCAUCACAACCUUUAACACUUCCUGCCCCCACAUUAUUUUUGAUAGCAUUCUAAUUUUUCAUACAUAUCUAUCGAUCAGAUUUGAUGCAUCUGUCCUUUUUUGUAGCGUGACCUUUUCUGAGGAACUUUGCUACCUGAAAAGAGACUGGACUGUUUUUUUGAAUCUAACUUAAAACAAUUGAUGUAUAAGAUGAGUUAUGUACUGUAGCUGCAACUAGUGAAUUCAGAGCACCCCUUUAAAAUUCAAUAAAUUUUAUUUGAUAGACUGUUUA